AUGGCACUACCUGGUAUAUCAGUUAUUAUUUCACCACUCAGAUCACUUAUUGAAGAUCAAAUUUCUAGAUGUAUUUCCCUCAGUAUCAACUCAGCUUUUAUCUUGGGGGAAAUGACAAAUACAGAAAGGCAGAAAGUAUAUUCUGGUCUCAAACAGUUACAAUGCCCAUUUAAAGUGUUGUAUACUACACCUGAAUUACUUGCAAGUGAUAAAAUGCUACAUCAUAUUCUACUUUCUUUAUAUUCAGUUGGAGCCAUUCAGCAGUUUGUGAUUGAUGAAGCUCAUUGUGUUAGCCAAUGGGGUCAUGAUUUUAGGCCAUCUUACCUAGACCUUAAAUCACUUGGUAUUUACUACCCCAAAACACCAGUUUUAAUGCUAACUGCCACAGCAACAGCUAAAGUUAUUUGUGAAGUGUUAACUGUUCUUGAAUUGAAAAACGUAGAACUAAUUACAUCUGAUUUUCAUCGACCUAACCUGUCAUACUUGAUCCAGAAUAAGUCAUCCAAAACAGUAGCCUAUAUUGUUGAUAUAGUUAAACCACUACCAUGUUCACUCGUGUAUUGCUCAUCUCGCACUAAUUGUGAAGAACUAUCGGCGAAACUGGAGUCGUACGGGGUUUUGUCAAAGGCAUAUCAUGGUUCAAUGUCUAGGCAGUUGCGUUCGUCACUCCAGGAUAAAUGGAUGACCGGAGACCUGCAGGUUCUCUGUUGCACAAGUGCCUUUGGUAUGGGGGUGGACAAACCAAAUGUACGUGCUGUUAUUCAUUACUCACUCCCUGCAUCUAUGGAAGAUUACUACCAACAAAUUGGACGUGGUGGACGUGAUGGCCUACCUUGCCAAUGUGUACUGUAUUUCAGUGCAAAUGAUCAAAUAUGUCAUGUACAGCGUAUUUUUACAAAAUGGAAAACGGACAGUAAAGCUUUAAGUGCAAGACUUAGUAACUUUCAAGCCUUCAUGAACUAUUGUCUGAAUAAACAUCUUUGUAGAAAAUAUGUUCUUGUGAACUACUUUGGACAGCCUUUCACAAAACUAAAAAACGAUUUUAAUGGGAAGAGGUUAACAGUUAAACAGCUUGCAAACAUUAUCACUGGUAAGAAAACCUCAGAAAUAAUCAAGAAAAAGUACAAUGAAUUACCUGGUUAUGGCUGCUUCAUGGAAACAUCAGAGCAAGGAGAACUCCUGUUACGCAGACUUAUAGUGGGAGACAUUCUUAGAGAAAUCCCCAAUGAUGUGAAUCCAAGAAAUGCUUUGUAUGUUGACCUCGGAUCGAAGUUCAUGGCUAUUUUAAACAAUGAAAACAGGAUAACAUUUUUCAAGGUUGAUAAAAUGCGUAAGGCAUAG